UUAGAUGUGUGUAUAAGUUAAUAUAUCCAAAUUGAUAAUAAUGUGAUGGAUGUGUUGCACCAUCAUACACGUUUGGUGCCAAUUCAUGGUGCAUUCAUUUUUUUUUUUUUUUUUUUGAUUAUAACCCCAUAAAAGCUAAUCUGUAAUCAGUCAUUGUUUUCAUUUCAACUUUCAUUUGAAUAAUACCAUCAUCAUGAAGAAUCAAGAAUCGAUUCUGUGUUAUUCUGUAUGUUGUAUGUGUGCUUGGAAACGUAGACAACAAUAUGACAAUAAAUUAUUCUAAUCGUCGUUAUCUAUUCAAACAGCAAUUUGUUCAUCCAUUUGUUAAUCGAUAAAUCGAAGGAACAACAACAACAACUACAACGCACAGAAGAACCAAAGUGAUGUCACCAUCUGAAUGGCUAAUGUGUGACUAAGCGACCAAAAAUAAAAGAAAGAAAGAAAAAAAAUAUCGCAAUCCAAAGCAACAAACGUCAUCAUCAUCAUCCCCACCACCACCAACAAUCAUCAUCAACAGCAACCGACAAAUUAGCCAAUGAUAAAAACAUUGAGCAAGCAGCAGGAAUUAUUAAAAUCUGUGAUUGCCCCUCGUUUCAAUCAUCAAUGAUAGCCAUAUACCUAUCUAGCCAUGGCCAUGUCCAUCUUUAAUAAUAAUAAGGGUGGUUCUUUCUCAUUCUAAACCAAUUCAUCAUCAUCAAUUAUUAGCUUUGUUGUUUCAUUUUCAUGUUUCAAAUUCUGCCAAAAACAAAAAUAAUUCAUUAAUCAAUUGUAGUAUACAAAAUAUAAAUAGAGUGAAUUGAAGAAGUUCAUUUAUUGGAAGUGGAAAUAGUGAAAUCACGGCAAAAAAAUGGCCGAUGAUCAAAUGAUCAAGAUAGCUGAAGAUAAUCGUGACAAAAGGGUUACCCGGUUAGAAGAAUGUCUACUGGACCCAAAAUCCGAUCUCAAUAUCGAUGGCCUUCUGGACUGUGUCCAGGCAAUGGUCAUUGAUUGCAAUCAUCCUACAUUGCGACGUAUAAAAAAUAUUGAUCUGUUUUUACAAAAAUACGAAAAAUACAACGAUUUGAUUGCCAAUUCACGAAUGAAACCCGAUGAUUUCAAUGUGAUCAAAGUAAUUGGCUCUGGUGCUUUUGGUGAAGUGAAACUCGUACGACAUAAAUAUACGAAAAAAGUAUUUGCCAUGAAGGUGCUUUCGAAAUUCGAAAUGAUCAAACGAUCGGAUACAUAUUUUUGGGAGGAAAAAUUCAUCAUGGCACACGCCGAUUCUGAUUGGAUCGUCAAACUUCAUUAUGCCUUUCAGACAACCACUCAUCUUUAUAUGGUCAUGGAUUAUAUGCCAGGUGGUGAUCUUGUCAGUCUCAUGUCCGAAUAUGAUAUACCUGAGAAAUGGGCCAAAUUCUAUUGUGCUGAAGUGGUUCUAGCUUUGGACACCAUUCAUUUGAUGGGUUUUGUGCAUCGUGACGUCAAACCCGACAACAUGUUGCUUGAUCAUCGUGGUCAUUUGAAAUUGGCUGAUUUCGGUACCUGUAUGCGUAUGGACGACAAUGGUCUUGUCCAUUCGGAAACGGCUGUCGGUACACCAGAUUAUAUUUCACCCGAAGUGCUAAGAUCGCAAAGCGGCAAAGAAUGUUAUGGUCGUGAAUGUGAUUAUUGGUCGGUGGGUGUUUUCCUAUACGAAAUGCUCAUCGGUGAUACACCAUUUUUUGCUGAAUCAUUAGUUGGAACUUAUGGCAAGAUUAUGGAUCACAAAAAUCAUCUUCAUUUUCCGGAUGAUGUAGAGAUAUCGGUGGAAGCUCGAAGUCUUAUUUGUGCCUUUCUUACGGAUCGCCUUAAUCGUUUGGGUAGAAAUGGAAUGACCGAAGUAAAAAUACAUCCAUUCUUUCAGAAUGAACAAUGGACAUUCGACAACAUUCACCAGUGUAUCGCACCCGUAAUCCCAGAAUUAUGUGGCGAUGAUGAUACCAGUAAUUUUAACUCUAACCGUAUCGACAUACGUAAAGAUAAUGAACAUUUUCCCGAACCACGAGCUUUCGCUGGCAAUCAUAUUCCGUUCAUCGGAUUUACUUAUUCAGGUGAUAAUGCCCUUCUUUGUCGUAAACGACGCCAUUCUCAAGCACGAAAACAAUCGGUUGAUAGUGAUUCCGAUUUGAUGGCCAGUCGCAUGACGGAUCUUAGUGAUCCAGAUAAACGUUCACUAGCGAUGGAUACGAACGUCGAAUUGGACCAUAAAUUUCGUCUCACCAUAAUUGAGAAAGAUAGACAAAUUGAUUCAUUGCAGAAUGAUAAAGCUUAUUUGGAAAAACAUCUGAAUUCAUUACGUCAAAAUCUAAUCAAAGUUCGUGCCACACUUGAUCAGGAAACUGAAAAUCGUCAGGCGGCAGAAAAAUCGAUAAUUGAUUUUCGUAAAAAAUAUGAUUCCGAACGAACACAAAGGAUACAGACACAGAAUGCUUUGAAUGAAAAAAAUUCAACCAUGGAAAAGAAAUUGGCAAUGUUAACAGAAAUGUUGCAAAAAGAAAAAGAGAAUUUCGCUCGUGAAUCAAUCAAAAUGAACGAUCUACAGCAUACCAUUCGUAAUCAGGAGCUUGUCAUUGGUGAAAUGAAAAACAAAAUUGCCAUGUUUGAAAAGAUAUCCGAUAGCAAAGAAAAAGAUGUGUCGACUACACGUGAAGAGCUAAAUAUUGCCACGAAUCUUUUGAACAAUUUUAAGGCAAAAGUCAAACAAUUAGAAUCACAAAUAAUUAUACUUACUAAUGAGCUACAUGAACUUCGACCAAUGGCUACGAAUAAUAAUAAAGCAAAUCGUCCGAUGGCUAUUGUUACACCUGAUCAGAAUGAUAAUAGUAUUGUAACCACAACCAAUGCUAAUGAUGACCAUAAUACUGAAGUCCUGAUUCAUUCGGACCAAUUCCAAGAUGUUUCUGCUUUAAAAUCAAUGCUUGAAGGUGAAAUUCAUAAACGUCAACAAUUGGAAACAGUGGUGAAAGAAAGAGAACAAGAAAUUGAUUGUUUAAAAAUCGAUAGACAACAACUACAGCAACAAGUGCAAAGUUUGGAAAAAGAUCGUUCAUUCAUUAUUGAUAAUGAUGAUAAUGUUGACAAUGAAAUCAAACAAUAUCUUUCCGAUAAUCGUAAUCUUUCGGAUGUGAAAAUUUUGGCACAAAAAUUGGCCUUUUCUGAUAGUGAAAAUCAAUUAAUCAAAUCACAAUUGGAAGAAGCAAAGAAAGUGUAUAAAAAAUUGUCCAUUGAUUACAGUGAUAUGAAAAUCCGUUUAGAUACUGAGCACUGUUUUUCAGAAAUUUAUAAAAAUCAAUUAAAUGAAAUUAGCGAAGAAUUGAAUGAAAAAACAUCUGAAUUGAAUACGCUUACCAGGGAAAAGACCGAUAUUGUACAGGAGAAUGAAUAUCUCAAGAAUCAGCUCAAACAUGAUACAAAUUACAAAGAACGUAUGACCACAUUGGAAAGUGAAAAAUCUGAUCUCGAAAAUGAAUUAGAUGAACUACGUAAACAAUUGGCCAACGUGAAAAAGGAUUCACAUACGGCCAUUGAAACACUUCGUUGUAAUGAACGUGAACUUUGUGAUUAUAUACAGGAAUUGAAAAAGAAAAACAAAGAAUUUGAAAUCAAAAUGAGAGAAUUGAAUAAUAAUGUAGAUUCAAUUGCCACCGUACAACAGGAGAAUCAAACAUUGGCUAAACAAUUACAGCAAGAAAAAUUGCUCAAAGAACAAGCAGUGAACAAAUUGGCCGAAAUUAUGAAUAGACGUGACAUGAAAAUGAAUGACAAAAAGGCCAAAAGCUCUAUUGUGAUGGAGCUGAAGAAAAAAGAAAAAGAAUGCCGCAAAUUGGAACAGGAACUCAAUUCGGAACGAGAUUCGUGUAGCCAAAAGAUUUCAAAAUUACAGAAAGAAUUUAACGACAUUCAAGCCAUCUUACAAGAGGAAACUCAACAACGACUUCGGCUACAUAUGGAAGUGGCAGCCAAAGAUGCUGAAUUAGAACAAUUUCGUAGUAAAAAUACCCGAUUAUCAGAGGAAAAUCUGUCAACAACAUCAUCAACGUCAUCUGUGGUCGUCGGCACUUCAUCAUCAUAUCUACAACAAUCAACACAAUCCAUACCCAAUACCGUAGAAGAAGUGGAUGAAUCAAGACUAGAAGGUUGGCUUUCCAUACCGAAUAAACAGAAUAUUCGUCGUCAUGGUUGGCGCAAACAAUACGUAGUUGUAUCGAGCCGAAAAAUUAUAUUCUACAAUAAUGAAAACGAUAAAGCUAAAUCGGAUCCAACACUUAUACUUGAUCUUUGUAAAUUGUUUCAUGCCCGUUCCGUAUCUCAAGGUGAUGUGAUCCGUGCCGAUGCUAAAGAUAUUCCUCGUAUAUUUCAGCUUUUAUACGCAUGUGAAGGAGAAAGUCGUAAACCAGGUGGCGAUAGUUCAUCACAUUUAGAUAAUCAUUUUCAUCAUGGUAAAGAUUCGACGACUAUUGAACAUAAAGGACAUGAAUUUAUACCGAUUACGUUUCAUAUGCCAACUUCUUGUGAAGUUUGUUUAAAACCAAUGUGGCAUAUGUUAAAACCACCGCCAGCACUUGGUUGUAAAGGCUGCCGGAUGAAGAUUCAUAAAGAACAUGUGGACAAUAAACAAGAAAAUAGUGUAACACCAUGUCGAGUGUAUCUUAAGAAUUCUGCCAAAGAACUAUUGUUGUUGGCUAUGACCAGUGAUGAGCAACAAAAAUGGAUUCAUUUUCUUUGUAAACGAAUCAAACAAUGUGGUUAUGCCGCAUCCAAUCAUUCAGCUCAUCAAAGGCACCAAAGUAAUCUUAGUUUCCAAAGCAAUUAUUCAUCAGAUUCGAUUGCCAGCGUCAAAACAACGCCAGACAAAAGUCAUUUAGGUCAAAGUCGAAGUUUCACUUCAAGCCAUGAUCUUCAUAACCAGGAACAGCAAUCCAUACAACAGGAAAAAAGUAGUCAACAAAUUCAUGAUCAUCAUGAUUCUUCUUCAUCUGUCAGUGUGAAUGAAAUUCAUCCAACCACUCAGUUCACAUCAUCAUCAACAUCAUUAUCAUCGAACCGAUCGGCCGGAAAAAACCGAUGUUCAUCGUCUGUAUCGUCGAAUCGAUCAUCCAAUCAUUUGUCUCAUUCUGGUUUAUCUACAUCAUUGACCAAAUCGGCCACAUUGCCACCACUUAAUGGAUCAAAUAGUCAACAACAACAGCAACAAAUGAUGAUUAUGAUGAUGGGACAACAACAACAACAACAUCAACAACAGCAAAGAUCUGAAUCUGAUUUAACUAACGCCAGUUCAACAAGUAGUUCGAGCUCAAUCAAUUCGAUUAACAACAACACUAAUAACACCAAUCAACCGAUGAAUGGACAACAGUAGCAUACUAUAGUGUUAAUCAUUUCUUUAGCUUAAUAAAUGAAAAAAAUUGUUGUCGCUUUGACCUUUCCUUCCACCUACACCCAUAUUUUUUUAAUGAAUUGAUCAUAUAUUUUAUUCUAUUUUUACCAAAAGAUUUUGUAAUUCAUUUUUUCAUUGUGAAUUUUAUUUGAAAUUAAAAAAAAGCCAUAGAAACAUCAACACU